AUGACUUCGAUUUUCGACUAUUCUCAUGACUCAGAAACUUUAGUUGGCAAGCAAAAAUUGAGGGAGUAGGAAAGAGCCGUUACAGUAGAAAUCUCUUAGGUAGACGAACCUAACAAGUAUUCAGACAUUCCUCGGGAAAAAACUCUAAGUCCUCAAACGCACAAGUACUCAUUGAACCAAACUCAAACUAUUUUCUCUUUCAAGAGCAAAUAGAAAGGAGUUAAGUUGAACAUUCAAUCUGAAAAGCACUCUCCUAGAACCAUAUCUGACAAUAAUUAUGAUUAAAGUGCUCUACUUUCAAAUAAAAGCAAGUUAAAUAACACCAUUCAUAGUGGCUCAGUCAAAGGCAAUACUCACAAUAACUCAGUUUUAGUGCCGAUGAUUAGUGAUUUACCUAAAAUAAGCAAUCAUCAGGGUAACAAUAAUUAAAAUAAUAACAGUAUUCACACCAAUAACAACUUAAAUUAUUAAUCAAACAAACAGGGGCAUACAAUGUCGCCUUCUUCAACUCGUUAUUAAUAUGACACCUAAAAAUAUUCUAACUAAGAUCAGAGUAAUUCAAAUGAUUAGAAAAUUGAUGGUUUAAAGUUGCCACCUGUUAAGAUUCGAAAUAACCUAUCAAAAUCAAUGGGAAAUGACAAUAAAAGAUCGAGAACAGUAAUAAAGGGUUAGAAUCAGUCAUCCUAAAACAACAUCAACAGUAACAGAUAAUCACAUUAAGCCAAGUAUUAGCUAAUCCCACCUGACUGUAUUGUAGAAUAUCCCAAAUAAACUUUGAGUAAAUUAGGGGAAGUACUUUUAUAGCAGAAUAAGCAGAUUGGCAGUAGUUUUAACAGAAGGAAAGUUAUGUUCAAGUAAAUUCAGGAGAAGAUUGACGAUCUCUAGGAAGAGUACCUGAAUAACUAAAAAUCCUAGCUAGUUAAUCUCAACAAAUCUAAGAGGGAAUAAUAGCUGCACAGAGACAUGCUAAUGAAAUAGGAAAUGGAAAAGCAGAUUAAAGUGAAACUGCAAGAUCCUAACUACUUCAAGGAAAUGUUUGUUGGCGACAAUGAACAGUACUUCUUCUAUCUUUAACAGUCAGGUGAAUCUCCAAAGAAUAAAUUUAAAAACAGAAGAAAUAGCAUUGAUAAGAAAAAAAAGACUAACGAAUAGAAACAGAUGUCUGUCCAACUGAAGAUAGAAGAGGAUAUACAUCAAAUGGCAUAAAAAUAUGGAAUAGUACCCAAGGAGAAAUACGGAGACACCAUUGCAGUUAAUUCUAAUUAGGAAAACCUGAAGAAAAUAGUGGAGAAGCAUUACAGACGAACCAAGAUGAGGAAUUUCGAGGAUAGUGUCAAGGAGAUGAGGAAUUUCUUUAAUAUCAGCAAUCCCUUAAAAAGAUCGCACUUCAAACACCUAAGUAAUAUGGCAGGAAUUGAUGAUAUAGCAAAUCAACUUCAGGAAUAAUCUUUCUAAUCAUUUCAUAAUCAAACUUCAGACUCUCCGAGAGUUAUUGUCAACUAAACCUCUCUUUCAAUCAAGCCAGCACUAAAACUAAACAAUCAGUCAAAGUCUGCAAUUGGGGAGUAAAUUACUAACGAUCGAAAGAAGUCACAGGAUGUCUUUCAUGAAAAACUAAUUAGCAGAAAGAAGUCGACUUUCUAACCAACAAGCGGAAACAAUCAAGCAAAAACUACCUUGAAUUCCCCAAGUGAGCAUUCUCUGAAUAAUGAUGACUAGAUGAACUUCACUAAUACUUAAUACUUGCUUACAUAGAACACUUAGAGUUCGAGAAGAAAAAUAGACGCAUAAACUAGCAUUGAAGAUUUCACAUAGAGUGUUAAACAAAAAUUAACUUCCUUAAUCGGGAGUUUUAUUGGGACUAUAUUAGUGCCUGACCAGAGUUAAAAAUAUAUACAUGUAGCUAAUAAAUACUAAUUUCAUGAAGUGCAAAAGCUAUUCAACGAGUAUUAUUCGUAUAAAGAACCUGAACUCAAAAAUAAACUUGAUAGCCAUCAUAAAUCUUUUAAAAAGAUGAGCUUGAGGGACAUUGAAAAACUAUCUAAUGCUAAGAAUAUAUUGAAAUUUGAUUUGGAUAGAAAACUUUCGAAGCAUUUGAAUUUCCUGCUGUCAAACAGAAAAGAGGAUUAAUUCUUUAAUGAGAAGUAUUUGGCCUAUGUGAAAAAUAUACCAAAGCAGGAAAAAGGAGAGUAAACUAUAAAGCGAAUUUAGAAACUGGUAAACGAGAACCGAAUAAGAACAAAUGGAAGUCCUAUAGUUGAGUUAAGACUCAAUGAACUCAAGAGUGAAUUAAUGAAUUCUAUCAAUUCUAAGAGUCCCAAGGGAGAAUUACUUUAGAAAAUUGAUCUUAUUGAAAAAAUCCCUUAAGCUUAAACCAUAUAAAACAGUCCCUCUUUUUAGAGGUCUAAAACUAUUAUACCUCAAAAUUGA